CUUUAGUUCCUGUUGGGAAUUUUCACUUUCCAGCUACACUGGAGCAGAAUGAUAUACUUCCUGUUCUCUGUGGCCGUCAUAUUUCCUUUCCGAAUGAUUGUGCGGAGAAGCAACACCUUCUCUUCGGAAACCUGUUGAAUUUGGGGUUGUUUUUACAGAACUUUCCCGAGAUGAUGAGCUCUUCACUAUUUGCGAGAGUGGCAUUUUACCCUUCUCUUCUCUGGGGAAUUGUAACAGAGAGUUCGACUAAAAGAUGGUAUGAUCGUAUAGACACUCACAUCCUCUUGGGUGCUUUGCCGUUUAAGAGUCAAACCAAAGAAUUGGUGGAAAAUGAAAAUGUCAGAGGAGUAGUAACCAUGAAUGAAGACUAUGAAUUACGAUAUUUUUCCAACAGCAAAGAGGAAUGGGCAAGUUGGGGAGUGACUCAGUUGCACUUGGCUACAGUGGAUUUUAAUAAUGCACCAUCCCAAGAGAUGCUUAGAAAAGGAGUUGAAUUCAUUGAAGAAAUGAACCAGAACCAAAACAGCGUAUAUGUUCACUGCAAGGCAGGAAGGGGACGCAGUGCCACACUUGCAACAUGUUACAUUAUGAAGGCCAAAAGGUUACAACCAAUGGAUGCUUACCAAUAUGUCAAGAGUAAAAGACCUCACAUACUUAUUGCCUCUCGGCAGUGGGCUGCUAUUGAACUGUUCUACGAGAACCUGUUAGAUCAAGGUCACCAUGAUGCAAUA